AUGCUCAAGUUGCAGGAGAAGAUGACCCUUCUCCUUCCCUCCGUUCCUUCCCCACAGCCACUGGCAAAUCUCCUCAUGCCGAUGUUAAUAGUACUGAUGACCCUUGAGCUCCUCAUGGCAACAGUCGCCGCUGCCCCGUUAGCCUUGCCUGGCUGCCCGGAGGCCUGUGGCAGCGUCACCGUCCCCUACCCUUUUGGCUUCCGGCAAGGCUGUUUUCACAAGGGAUUCAACCUCACCUGCAACGAGACGGCCCAUCAGCCGAAGCUGUUCUUGCAUGACGACGUGGAAGUGGACGCCAUCUCACUGGUGGGCGGCACGGUACGUGUCCAGAGCAAGAUCGUGAACGGCGAGUGGGACUACAGGAACGUGCCAUACCAAGCGCUUAAACCAAACAGGAGCGUUGGGUCUGGGAAGCCCUAUAUUGGCUACGACGGCUCGUGGUCUGGCGGCCUAACGGUGUUGACCGAGCACAACGUCUUCGUGGCCAUCGGAUGCAACUUCAUCGGCUACCUCGCUGCAGGCAGUGACCGGGGUUCCGUGUACGUCAGCGCAUGCGCCACUCUGUGUGACACAGGCUAUCCGCCACCGGGGGACACCUCGUGCUCGGGCGUCGGCUGCUGCCGGACGACCAUCUCGCAGGGUUUGCCCGCGUACGGGGUGCAGCUCAAGGAUUUGAACCAGACUGAAGCCGCGUACACCGGCAAAGGCAAACCCGUUAGUUCACGCCUUUUGUCCGGGGCCGCGUUCAUAGUCGAUCGCGAGUGGUUCACCGGGAUUAACGUAGGCGCCAUGCAGAAUAGCACUUUCGAUGAUUUCGGAAGCUCGUAUGGAUCUCGUCGGAGCAGUCCCAAGGUGACCAGGGUACCCACCGUGCUGGAAUGGUGGCUGGAUGUAAAAAGCGACCGUGACUUGGUCGUGUUGGAUCCCCAUUCUGUAUCAGGUUGGAGAUGCAUGAGCUUGAACAGCUUCGCUGCCAACAUCAACGGUGCAGUGAACAAAGUAAGGUGCAACUGCUCGGAUGGAUACGAAGGCAACCCUUACAUCAUUCACGGAUGCCAAGGUUUAAUUACCGCAAUUGCAGUAACUGCUGGUUUUGGGUUACUGUUUUCACUUAUGGGUGCUGCCAAAAUCACUAAUAAACUCAAGCAACGAAGGGCCAAAAAGUUGAGACAAAAAUUCUUCAAGAAAAAUCAUGGAUUGCUUCUACAACAGUUAAUCUCUUCAAACAACGAUAUAGCCGAAAGAACAAGGAUUUUUAGCUUGGAAGAACUGGAGCAAGCGACCAACAAAUUUGACCAUAAUCGCAUCCUUGGUGGCGGUGGGCAUGGCACGGUGUACAAAGGCAUCUUAUCUGAUCAACGUAUUGUGGCCAUCAAGAAGGCCAAAAUUAUUGUACAAAGGGAAAUCGACCAGUUCAUCAACGAGGUUGUCAUACUUUCACAGACAAACCAUAGGAAUGUGGUGAAGCUUUUUGGUUGUUGCCUUGAGACAGAAGUUCCUCUACUUGUUUACGAAUUCAUAUCAAAUGGAGCUCUUUCAUUUCAUCUCCAUGGCCAAAGUGAGAACCCAUUAUCAUGGAAAGAUAGGUUGAGGAUUGCACUGGAAACUGCAAGGGCCAUUGCAUAUCUACACUCCGCUGCUUCAAUAUCAGUAUACCACAGAGAUAUCAAAUGUGCAAAUAUACUACUUACCGAUACCUUAACAUCAAAAGUAUCAGAUUUUGGAGCUUCAAGGUCUAUUGCAAUAGAUGAGACAGGAAUACUUACAGUUGUCCAAGGAACCUAUGGUUACCUUGAUCCUGAAUACUACUACACUAGUCGACUCACGGAGAAAAGCGAUGUUUACAGCUUUGGUGUCAUCCUAGCAGAGCUACUGACAAGGGUGACACCAGUUUUUUCUUCUCAUUCAUCAGAAGGGACAAGCCUAGCAUCACAUUUUGUAUCACAUAUAAGAGACAAUCGAUUCUCAGACAUUCUAGAUGCACAAAUUGUUGAGGAGGGAGGGGCUGAAGAUGCUGAGGUGGUUGCAAGACUCGCAGAAGCAUGCUUAAGUUUAAAAGGUGAAGAAAGGCCUACAAUGAGACAAGUGGAGACAGUACUUGAAGAUGUUCAGAACUCAAGAGUCAAUCUUAGUUCUCAGAUCACAAGAGUGAACCGAAAUGCUAUAAAUGAUCAACCAUACAAGGGAAGUAAAGGCGGAGAAGAAACUAGACUGUACAGCCUGGAAAAAGAGUUCAUAGAGUCGUCUGAAAUUCCAAGAUGA